AUGGUUCAAAUUGAAGUACUGAAGAAGGUGCACACUUCAGAUAUAAAGGACGGAGUAGUGCUGGACAGCAAUUUAUACACCGUGGGCAGAGACAGAAGGAUACAAGUGACAAGCCUUGCCAAUCUGGACAGUCUAUGGGAGUCUCCAGACCUUGGGGCAGUGGUAAACUCGAUAUGCGAGAGAAAUAAAAAAAUAUACGCAGGCCUGCAAACAGGAGAGGUGCUAGUCUAUGAAGCCAGCAGCGAUAGUGUAAAUAGCAGCGCAGCUGAAAACGGUAAAGAUGGAAGCGCUAGUGAGGGCGGUAGAGAUGUAAAAAAAGAUAAAAAUAAUUACUCGCUUACUCUGAUAAGCAGAAAAAAAGUUCACAAUGACAAUGUUUGCUCGCUGAGUGUGUUUAGUGAGGGCGUGAUAAGCACGUCAUGGGACAAGACCAUGGGGAUACUCAGAGAGGAGAAGGAUGCUGAAAUAGUGAGCUUAGAAAGCGUUGCAUGGUCAGCUAAGGAGCUGCCAGAUAGAAGCAGCAUAAUAGCUGGGUGCAUUGAUGGAAGUGUUGCGAUAAUCAAAAAAGUAGACGGAAAAUACAAAAAAACAAGAGGGCUGAAAGUGCAGGCAACGUGCAUAAGAGAUGUGCUCGUGGAGGAUGGGAAGUACCUAACAGUUUCCAACACGGGAGUAGUUAUUAUGGCAGAGCAAACAGGGCGCACAAUCUGCAAAAUUAAUCUUGAUAACACCAGCUUCAGAAUGAGCAAGUAUUCAGUCGAUGGAGAGCAAGGAUACAUUGUGGCAGCAGAUGAAGGAAUGGUCUAUCUCCUAAAUGAUAGGCUAGAGAAAGUGGCUAGCAUUGCCAUUCCUUCUAUCUCUUGCUGGAGUGCAAUAUCAUGCAACGAUAAAAUAGCUGCAUUCGGAGGAGACGGGCGCAUCUACGUAUUUGGCAGCACAGGAAGUGAAAAGUACCAGAAAGAAAUGGAGGCACUGCAGGAUGCGCUGAACAGCGAAAAAACAAAGGAGGACAGCUCAGCAAAAGACCAAGGCAGCACUAAUGAAGCUGAAAACAAAGGAAAGUACAAGGUGGUCGAUGAUAAGGUGUACGAGCUAAAGGAUGGAGUGUGGGAGCUGUUUGGAAGUACGGUGGAGAAGAAGAAAAAAGACCACACAAUUACUAUUACGCUGGGGGAGAGGAACUACUCCCUUUCCUUUGAUAAGACAGAAAAGUACGAAGAGGUAGCCGAUGGGUUUGUCCGAGAAAAUGGGCUGAGUAGUGAGUAUAUCCCAGAAAUAGUCGAAUUUCUGAAUGAAAAUUUUAAAAAACAGAAGCCAAGAGACGUAUCUAAGUACUUUUUGUACGACACGCUGGACCUGGAGAACGUGAGCAAGAGAAUAAGCAGUUUCCAGAACAGCGAGAAAGUGAUUGAGUUCCUGAAAAAAGUAAAAGAUGGAAAAAACAUAGGAGAAGAAGGGGACUCAGAGAUCGAAGUAAUACUCAGCGAAUGGCUGGAGAGCGGCACAGAAAGAGUGGCUGUCCUGGACAUCUACAAAUACCUCAUAUCCAAGGGAGCAGAUUUUGAUCUUUUUUUCCUGAAGGGCCUCGAUGUGUUUUCAUGCAACAAGAUAGCACUUGUGUACACAAUGAUCUCCACGAAUGUCCUGGCAAUGAAGCCAGAGUGCAGGUCGCUGGUAGAAAAUACAGUGGGAAGGAUAAUUGACAGACAGCUAGUAAAUUCAAAAGUCAUCCAGAACUUUAAACACAACAAACACAUAUAG